UUUAGCCGUUAACCGGAAUUAUUUUGUGGUGACACACGGUGCAGCUGAAGAAACGAGCAGCUAGUUGUAGCCGGUUGUAGCUAACUUACAGGCUAACUUUAGGUUAAUCAAAGUGCAGUUUUCCUCCCAUAGUACCAGAGGGUGAAGGACAGUCAACAUGGAGCCAGCGUGCCGCAAAGACAAACCAAAGCUGAACUCGACUCCGACCAGAGGAGACCGAGCCAAGCAGAAGUCUGCACAACAAGAGCUGAAACAACGACAGAGAGCAGAGAUCUAUGCCUUGAACAAGGUGAUGACAGAGUUGGAGCAGCAGCAGUUCGAAGCCUUUUGUAAACAGAUGCAGUCACAAGGAGAAUGACGAGUCCUACCUAGCCUGCCUUCCUUCAUCUGGACCAGGACCUACUGUUACAGACUCACAACCACAUGCUCUGAUGUUUGAGGAGACAAUUUUAAUGACUCAGCUGUCUGACCUUGUUAGCUGUCUGACCUCAUUACCUGUAUGUGAGAGAGAGAGAGAUACAGAAAUAACUAAAAGCAUGGUUUGGGAAAAUUAUUUAAAAUGCAACCACCAGGAAGCAGACAUGCAUAUAUCCUAUGAAUACUUAGGUUACAACUUAUACUUAGGUCAAACUUUUCAACAUUAAUUUUGUGCUAAAACUGAGCUUGUAAGCUCUUUUUUUGUACAGUCAAACUUUAGAUUAGCGAUGCACCGAAAUGAAAUUUUUUGGCCGAAACCGAAAACCAAAAUGAGGGAACCAAGGCUGAAAACCAAGUAAACCAAAAUACAUUUUUAUGCCAAUUA